GGCGCGUACUCGGCAGCUGGCUGCUUUACAGCUCCUCCCUCCAAUGUGUGGCUUUUCUCACAAAACAUCCUCGGAUGUGAACAGUUUCACCGAAGAGCACUUUUCCCUCUGAAAAAAAUGGACGGACAGCCCAGGCGUCAGAUCUCCUUUAUCAACCUCAGAGAAAGGAGAGCAUCCCCUAAAUCUCUGUCAGCGAUGGAGAUUUGCACUGGCUUCUGCCCGGGCUUGCACUUGGCUCUGGUUGUGUGGCUCGUGAUAGCCGGUCACAGUUUUCAAAAUACUCAGGCGGAGAUAAGUUGCGCAUCUUGCCGCUCCCCGCUUCUACUUCACGGAGGUCAGCCAACAAACGACCUGAGCGCCAUUAACAAGAUUCAUGUGAAGUUUAGGGAACUCGGGAUUAGUCGACAACAUGCUGGAAUGGAAAACGACCAAGAGGAUGCCCCUUACUCGAAGAAAGGCGCAACCGGGUCCGCGACUGAAAGUCAUCGUGGCGGAGAGACUGGUUGGGGCGAUGGCGCUACGCUACCGAGAGCGAAAAGAAACAUCCCCGAGUUUGCCGAGUUGGACGGGCUCGGAUCCUCUGGACUGAGUAAAUCGGAAAUAAGAAAGAACAAGGACGACGGGAGAGGACAUAAACAGCAGGAUGAGCCCAAAAUCACGAGCAGUACUUUCGCCCUGUCUGGGGAUUCUGCACAUAACCAUGCUGUCGUCUACUGGUCUGGACAAAACAGCAGCGUUAUCCUGAUCCUAACCAAGCUGUACGACUUUCAUAUUGGCAGUGUCACUGAGAGCACUCUUUGGAGGUCUUCUGACUCUGGCUCCACAUAUGAGAAAAUGGAUGACAAAAUUGGAUCUAAGACUAUUCUGAGUUACCUUUAUGUCUGUCCGACCAACAAAAAAAAGAUUAUGGUGUUGACUGAUCCUGAGUUUGAGAGCAGUGUGCUGAUCAGCUCUGAUGAAGGAGCCAGCUAUCAGAAGUACCGCCUAACUUUUUACAUCCUAAGCCUAUUAUUCCACCCGACUGAGGAAGACUGGGCCUUAGCUUACAGUCACGAUCAAAAGGUGUACAGCUCAUUAGACUUUGGGAGAAAAUGGCAGCUUGUCCAUGAACACGUUACCCCUACGAGAUUCUAUUGGUCUGUGUCAGGGGUAGACAAGGAGCCAGAUCUUGUCCACAUGGAGGCUCACACGCCAGAUGGAAGUGUCCAGUACAUCACGUGCAGAGUGCACAAGUGCACAGAAGCCAACAAGAACUACCCCUUUCCUGGAUCCAUUGACAUCAGUUCAUUAGUCGUUCAGGAUGACUAUAUAUUCAUUCAGGUGCCUACAUCUGGAAGAGCCACAUAUUAUGUUUCCUACAAAAGGGAGGUCUUCAUCCAAAUUAAACUUCCUAAAUAUUCCUUACCAAAGGAUUUACACAUUGUCAGCACAGAUGAAAAGCAGGUAUUUGCGGCAGUGCAAGAGUGGAACCAAAAUGACACCUAUAACCUCUACCUGUCUGACACUAGAGGCAUCUACUUUACCUUGGCCAUGGAAAAUGUCAAGACUACUAAAGGCAUAGGAGGCAAUCAUCUGCUGGGUUUGUAUGAGGUGUCAGGCAUUAGAGGCAUGUUGAUAGCAAACAAACGUCAAGAAAAACAGGUAAAGACCUUCAUCACCUACAACAAAGGCAGAGAUUGGAGGCUCCUUCAAGCUCCAACUACUGACCUGGAUGGAAAUGAAAUUCACUGUGUUUUGCCUUUUUGUUCACUCCAUCUCCAACUGCAAACUUCAGAUAACCCCUACUUGUCAGGAGCAAUCUCCACAAAGAGCUCGGCACCAGGGAUCAUUCUUGCCACAGUGUGCGGCAGGCCUAAGGUAAUUCAAGGGAAUAUUGGCACUGAGUUGUCAUACAACAAUGUUGGCAUGUAUAUAUCAUCUGAUGCUGGAAAUACUUGGAGACAGAUUUUUGAAGAAGAGCAUAAUGUUUGGUUUCUGGACCAAGGAGGAGCCCUUGUUGCGGUAAAACAACCCUCUGUGUCAACCAGACACUUAUGGGUGAGCUUUGAUGAAGGAAGGCAAUGGACCCAACACAGCUUUUCUUCCAUCCCUCUGUUUGUUGACGGCAUUUUGGUAGAAGCUGGGGCACAGAACCAGAUUAUGACACUUUUUGGACACUUCAGCCACCGGUCUGAAUGGCAGCUCAUCAAAAUAGACUAUAAGUCAAUCUUCAGUAAAAAAUGUACUGAGGAGGAUUACCAAACAUGGCACUUGCACAAUCAGGGUGAACCAUGUGUUAUGGGACAAAAACAAAUUUACAUGAAACGGAGGCCAGGGAACAAUUGCAUGCUCGGGAAAGACGACUCAAGAGUUCUCUCUGCUGAGUCCUGUAUUUGCAGAGCCCAUGAUUUUGAAUGUGACUAUGGAUAUGAGCGCAGCGACAAUGGGAACUGCAAACCCUCUUUUUGGUUUAAUCCAUCCUUAGCCACCAGAAGCUGCAGUCUUGGUCACAACUAUUUCAACAGCACAGGAUAUCGUAAAGUUGUGUUAAAUAACUGCACCAAGGGAGUAAAAGAAAUGUAUCCACCUCGAAAGCAACAAUGCCCCAAGAAACCUCCAAAGGGACUUUUGUUGACCACCAAAGAUGGUAAACUGGCUGCCAACCUGGGCACUAAUGUUACUUUCUUGGUUCAUCUGGAUGAGGGUGAUUCUCUACGGACUAACAUCCAACUAGAUUUUGGCGAUGGGAUAGCCGUGUCCUAUUCGAACCUCAGCUGGGCUGAAGAGGGCAUCAAACAUGUCUACAAGUCUGCGGGGAUAUUUUGUGUCACAGCUCUGGCAGAAAACUCCCUGGGUUAUGACACAGCAACACUCUAUCUGCAUGUCACGUGUCCUGUGGAGCUUGUCCAGCUUCUUGCUCCCUUUGUUGUCAUUAGAAACAAGGAGGUUAACAUCUCAGCAGUUGUCCUACCCAGUCAUCCCCGCACGAUUACGUAUUUCUGGUGGCUUGGAAACACCACUGAGUCAUUGGUCACCCUGGAUAGAAGUAUUUCAUACACCUUUGCCAAUGAGGGGAUGUAUUCUCUCACAGUUCAAGUAGCUGCAGCCAACACCAUAUUCCAAGAUUCCAAAACCAUAGCAGUUAGAGAAUUCUUCAAAUCCCUACUUUUAUCAUUCUCCCCAAAUCUGGACGAGUUCAACCCUGAUUUAUCUGAGUGGAGGCAGGAUUUGGGGAGAGUAAUUAAGAAGGCCAUUCUCCAGGUGGCUAAGUUCCCAGAAGAACAACUUUUGGUAGCUGUCUUUCCUGGAGUUCCAACUGCUGCAGAACUAUUCCUGUUACCGCACAAGAGCCAGUCACAUGACAAGAAAAAGAGUGAGGAGGAGCUACAACAAGUUUCAAACAUAAUUGUAAAUGCACUGAACCAGAAUUUGGUGGCGUUCGAGCUUAAGCCUGGCGUAAGAGUGAUAGUAUAUAACACACAGCUAACACUUGCACCCUUGGUGGACUCCAACCAUCGUCAUAGGAGCUCUGCUAUGCUGAUGCUCCUAUCAGUGGUUUUCCUUGGCCUUGCAGUGUUUCUCAUCUACAAAUUCAAGAGAAAAAUACCCUGGAUAAGCAUAUAUGCAGAGGUGAACCAGGACAAAGAGCAAGAGAUGAUUACCUCGGUGGACCAAGGUGACAACACGGCAAAAAUAACACUGAAUGAGUUUUCCUCUUCAAAAAAACUCGUGGAGAAAGAAGUGGAUGCAAGGGUCAAAAGGGGAGUCGCAAAUGCCCACGAGAGCACAAGAGAAAUUCCAAACUGCACUAGUGUGUAGAGCUUCUUCUACACAGCAAUCUAGUGUCAAAAGGGUCUCUCUUUCAGUUUUGUAAUUCUCAACACAAUUGCUGUUAAUAGUUUUCAAAGAGACCUCAUUUUUACAGCGGUGCAUGAGGGUCAUGAUCAACAACUUCCAUGCAGUCCAUUCAAUGAGAUUUUUCUGUUGUCCACAACCAAAACAUCGAUCAGUUUUGUGGGUCUAUCAGCUACGUAACACAGUACAUUUGUAAAGUUGACAAAAUACUUUGCUUCAGAAAUAAUUUCUGCUAAUGCAUUACCACAAUCUCUUAAACAGAAUAUUACUAACAUAUACACUACUGUAACCUGUCCUGUCCAUACUGUAUAUCUAAAGCCCCAUGCAGUGUCAUGCAAAUUAACAAUGGUGUGCGUUUGAAAGUCUGGUUGAAAAAGAUUAAGACAGCUUUGUUUUGUAUAGGUAAUUUACCAGUGCCUGUUGCAAUUGAGGAUUACAUUUGUGUUGUAGAUAAUUAAUUCCUGUAAAAAGUUUUUUUUUUUUUGGUUAUCCCAAAAUACACAUGUACUGUACUUAUUUUAAGAGUUGCACCCUUCUUGAAAUAUCUUGAGAAAUGUAUAUAUUUUUUUAUAUAUUACACAUUUUCAUACUCUACAUCUUUGGAAAAUUAAAUGUACAUUUUCAAAAUUACCAUUUUUAUUAACUUUCAUUUUGUAUUGUGUAUAAAAUGUAUAUUGUGAUGUUAUUGCAUUUGCCUCCAUCGGUCAAUGAAAAGCCUGAAUUGGCAUCAGAGUGAAAACUAAUACAAUUAUGAAGUGAUGUUACAAGUUGUCCAAUUAUUCACCCAUUGGUGAUGUCCCUUCAUGUGUUCCAUGUAGUUACACACUUAUCUAGUCAUUUUGAAACAUUUUGUAACAAUGCAAUCUUGUCUUUCAGCCAGCAAUGUACUAAUGCAUCUUCAGGUUAUGAUAGCAUGUCUGUUAAAGCUAGCAAUUUAUUUAUUAGAUCAGAUAUAUUCUAACUGUAUUAUGGCAACACGCAGUCUGAGUGUAAGCUUCAUCAUUCUGCGUAAAAGAUACUUUUCAUGCAUUUGAUGAGUGAAAUUAGUUUUUGA